AUGGGAGCAAGACGCCUCCUUCAUUCCUUUCCAAUGCUACCGUCGCGAUUAGCUCUAGGAUUCUCACAUGCAAUAUCGCGCCCAAUGUUAAAGUUUUCACAAUCAUUUUCCAAAUCCUCUCAGUCAUCGCCUCGCAAAUUUCCGUCCACCGGAUUCGAUUUGAUCAAUCCAUCUGAAAAAGUUGAGGAAGAGCAACUUCCUUUUUACAAGAAAGAUGAAUACUACCCCAUGAAGAUCGGCGAUGUGGUCUGUGGCCAUUACCAGGUAGUUGCAAAGCUUGGUUAUGGCACAACCUCGACCGUGUGGCUUUCGCGUAAUUUAAGAAAUCAAGAAUACUGGGUUUUGAAAGUUCAUAUCAAUACUUUAAAGUAUAAUCACGAAUCGAUUGUCUAUCAGUACUUGGCGAACCAUACCGAGGAUCACCCCGGCCGGAAACAUGUUCGAGAAUUCCACGAAUCAUUUAGUCUCAAGGGCCCAAAUGGUGAUCAUGAAGUCUUUAUAAUGGCACCUCUAGGUAUGAGUCUGAGGAGUCUACAGGAGAUUCAGAUAGGUGGUGUUUUCCACGAGCAGCUCGUCAUUGGUGCCCUCGCGCAAGUCUUUCUUGCGUUAGACUUUCUCCACGAAGCGGGUGUGAUCCAUACAGAUGUGCACUCUGAUAAUCUACUUAUUGGUAUUGUGGACAAGUCAGUUUUUGCUACGGUGGAAGAAAACGAGAUUCAGAAGCCGUCGCCCCGUAAGGUUAUUGGCGACACCGUUAUUCAGGUCUCUCAAUACAUGCUAGGAGGCAAAGGUCCGCUUAUUCUCUGCGACUUGGGACAAGCCAGAAUUGGUACCGAACAACGUGGUAACGCCAUGCCUGUACCUUAUCGGGCCCCCGAAGUGAUUCUUAAUCUGCCAUGGGGAAGUAGCGUAGAUGCUUGGAGUACUGGUCUUCUGGCUUGGGAUCUCCUCAAAGGAGAGAGUCUCUUCAAGGUGUACGACCACGAGUCUCGGGAGCUAAACGAUGCACACCAUCUUGCAGCUAUUACGGCGCUUAUUGGUCCUCCACCCCCAGAAUUGCUGCUUAAAAGUGAAGAGUCACGAAAAUACUGGCACGAAGACGGUGGGUACCUGCUCUAA